UGUCAAUCAUGUCAAUUAUCGUAAAUUUUGUAUAUCAAUUAUUUAUUAAAGAGAAAAUAAGAAUAUAAUAAUUAAUAUUCCUAUGGUAUACCAAAUAAACAUAUUUAUAAACAUUCUGUAAAAAACAUUCUUGGAGAUUCAAUAAUUUUUAUAUUCCAAUUACUUCCAAAGUUAAGGAUAGGCUUUCAACAGGCUUUUAAAUAGAAAAGGAAAAUUAUUUAAAAAUGUCAUUGAAUUUAUUAUCUCUCGAUUAUAAGUAAUCAUGUUUAUGACUCGACUUUAAGAUUAGUCUAAAAAUGGAUAUUAAAGAUUAUAUUAUCAUCUGCUAGGAAAAUGGAAGAUGUAGCUUCUAACGAGAGAUCUAUUGUCUAUGGGUCUAAUGAUAAAAUGGGUGCCUCGAGUAUUGAUAAGGCAUCUAAAUUAGCAUGUCUUCAGGAAAGAAAAAGAGAAAUUGAAGAAAAUUUAGCUAAGCGAACUCAUGAGUUAAGACAGCUAUGUAUUCAGGAAGCAGAACUAACAGGUAUUACUCCUCCAGAGAUGCCAUCAGAGGCUGGAGAAACACCUCCAACUAUAAGACGUAAAAUAGGAACAGCUUUUAAAUUGAAUGAAAGUUUGUUAAAUAAUAACAGUAAGGAUCAAAUUAUUGCUGACUUAGAAUUGCAAAUACAAGUCCACAUCCUCAAAGCCGAAGCUGCCUUGGGUCUAGCAGAUUCUGGAAGCAUUAGUAAGACUGUAAAAAGGCAACACAGAGCUGAAUACCAAAAACAUAAAGCCAGAGUUAAUGAACUAGAAAAAAAAUUAGCUUUGUUAAAAGAAAAAGCGACAACAGAGCAAAUUAAGCAAAAGAAAAAGCCUAGAGUGCCCGAUCCCCAAGAUGAUAAUAUUUCUGUUAUAACAAGUGACCCAUACUCAAAGCAAGAUCAUAGACAUAAUCUCACAUCAAAGCAUAAUUUAAAUAGACUUAGUCCUGCUGAUACUUAUCCAGAUGUGAGGUUUUCUCAGGGAUUAUCAAGGCAAUAUAGAAAUUCAGAAAGUUUCUAUUUGCCAUAUAAACCAGAAGAUGCAGUAACCUCAAGUUUUUACAGGUUGAGUUUAAAUGGGUAUAAUGCUUAUAUUGAAAGCAGGCGUGAAAAUACUUCAUCUCAUUUUAAUUACCAACCUCAAAAUUUCUCAUAUAAUUAUCCGCACAUAUCUCAUAGCCAGCCCAUUCAUCUGACUCACCAAGGAUCUCAAUCCCAUAGUCCUUUACUACCCCCCAACAGUCCUCAGAUAUCGCAGCAUAGUCCCCAUUUGUCACAAAGUAGUCCUCAUUUAUCUCAAAAUAGCCCACAUUUGUCUCAACACAGUUCUAAGUCGCAGCAUAGUCCCCACAUUCAAAGCCACAGUCCUCAGUUGUCACAGAGUCCAUUGUCUAGCUCUCAGAGUUUUAUGAUGAUGAGGGCUUCACAUAAUUACCAAACCAGGAUUAGCCAACAAUAUCCCCUUCAAAAUAUUCAAAUGCAUAGGCAAUCUAGUCCAACAGCAAGCAAUAACAUGGCAAAAAUGAAUUAUUAUCCCUUACAUACUGUUCAUGGAGACACUGGGUAUAACAGACACACCAUGGAUGCUAGUGGAUACAAGGCAGCUAUGGAAGCUUCUUACAAAGCCCCUCAUCCAUUACAACCGCAUCAGCAAUAUGAACAUAAUGGAAUGAAUUCUGGCUUGGGAGGGUGUUGGAAAAGGGCAGAAAAUGGUGAAAUGUUUUGGGUAUAUACUAGCAAUACGAUUGAUAGCAACUGGCAGCGAGACAAAAGAUUUGGCAGUCUGGAUAGAAGAAAAAAUAGGAGAGUACAACGAAGAAUAUCACCUGUAGAAGGCAAGUCUGCAACGUUAGCUACCUUACCUUCAAAAGGCGAUGAAGUCAAAACAGCGUUUGUUAAACCGUCACUAGUAACUACUAGGAGGUCUCAGGAUCAUAGGCAGUUAGUAAGAACUCAAUCGCUUGGUAGCGUAGGGCAAAAUAUUGAUAGUGUAUAUCCAAGUGAUGAUGCAUCUUCAUGUGAAAGUGACAGUCGUAGUCUUAAAGAAAAUAAAGGAGCAAGAAAACAGAAAGAAAAAGAAUGGCUAGAAACAUCUUUAGAUGGUCCAAUCUCGCCAACCCAAUCAAUAAUUUCUCGAUCCCAGUCCACUCUUCCUUCUGUUUUAGCUCCUGAAGAGAAAUAUGUUCAAUCUCCGCCUGCCCCUCCUACCCCUCCAAAUUUGCAGCAGCAUAUUAAUGCCAAUCCUGCAAGAAAAGGCGCAAAUGUACCUGCCCCACUUCAAUCACCCCUGUCCCCAAAACCACCCCUAGAAAUUCCGGCAGAAUCCAACCCUUCUCAUCGUGUACCUGAACCGCUAAAUAUUGAAAUGCUAAACAACAAUAUCCCCAAGAACUGCACAGUUGUCCAGGCUGGUGUGUGUAAACCAUACCAUGAAGAAACCAAACCGUUUGAGAUGUCAGAUUUCUACAAAUACUCGACCAAAUUUAAGAAAUCCCCUCAAAAGGAAACUGGAGUAAGCCAAUCUAGCAUUAGUCCAGCUGUUCAAAAAAAUCUGUCCGAGUCUUUUGAGAGUAUGGGAAACAACAGUCAGUUUUCAAACCAGCAAGGCAAAAUCCCUCAACAGAUGGGUCAGCAUAGCAACAUUACCCAUGGCUCAUUCAAUUCGAGCAUGGAACUGUCUCAAGUGACUGUGGCAAAACACUUCUCAGAAGAAAUGAAUGCCUGGUACAAUGACCAAGAACACCUCACUGAAAACAAUAACCCCAGUUCGUCAAAAAUUCUAUCAAACGCCACCCUGGUAUAAUAGAAAUUGAAAAUGGGUAAGUGAGAAGGUACAAUGCAAUAAAAUGUAUGAUAAUACGAAUAAGCGAAUUAUAUAUGACUAUAAAAUAGAUUUAUAUUAUAAAUUUGUAUUAGAUAUUUUUUAUAUGAAAAAAAAGUUUUAUAAUGUUAGGUUUAGGGGGGUUUACCGAUAUUUUUCUUCUGAAAUACUAGAGUAUAUUUAUCAUAAAAUGAUAUGUUCUUGUUUGCUUUUAGUAAUUUGAUAUUUGUAUAUACUCUUAUGGGAAUAUUUCGGCUUUGUCUUAUUUUUAAUUACUGUGCUCGUUAUAAAAUUUUAAUUUCGUUUUUAUUUAGUUUUAAAAACAUACAAAAAGUUUUAUGAACAAGCUUUGACUCCGAAAAAACUCAUGCAUUCAUGCUUGAUCAUAAGACUUUUUCAUUACUGUAGUCUAUUAAAAGAGAAAUUAUUUUUUAUUUAUUUUUCUUUUUCGGUGGUCAAUUUAAUCUAGUUACAUUUAAGAACUUAUGUAUUUUUUGCAUACAGACCUAUAUCUUCUGUAGUUCAUUUUAGUUAGUUAUUUUGUUUUUAUAAAUUGAUCUCAGUACAUGUCUGGUAAUUAAUUGUUUAUUAAUGUUUUAAACCAUUCAAUUGAUCUGACUCGUGUAAGAAAUCUAUACUCACUCAUUUCAUUAUCUACCUAAAAGGAAGUUAUUUAUCACAUUAGUCGAUCAUUUGAAUGAAAAGUAGCUACUAAGAAAUGUUUUUAGAUAUUUGUGAAUGUCUAUAUCUUUAAAAUAUCCCCGUUAAUGUAAUUUUGUUUGUAAUGUUUUAUUAAAUUUACUGUUUACUGUUGCACUAAAACGCUUUACUUUUACCAAUUUUGUCAAACCAUACAGUGUAAUAAAAUUAGAAAAAAUAUAUUCAAUUCAUUCAAGAGAGAUUUUUUUAUGUAUAUUUUAUUACAUUGUAUGAUAAGGUUUUUUGGGCGUUUUCUUAUAUCACUCACAGUGGCGGAUACAGAGAGCCCAUGGGGCCCGGGCCUCCCCUAAAAUGUAUGAUUUUUGUUAAAAAUUAGGCUUUUGGGUUUAAAAUGGCUCCCUGAAUAGCAUAUUCUACAUUACUUUUUAUUUGGGCCCCCCCUAAAUUAAAUUCCUGUAUCCGCCCCUGAUCACUCACAAGCACUUAGUGCCUUAAUGAAAGAGGAAAUAUCAACCUAAAGAUUGAAAAAUAGGUUGUGAUUGUUUAGCAAUAUUUUAAACUUCCUGGACUGACCAAACGAAAAUAUUUUUCAAUUUGUAUAUUUAUGUACCUAAAUAAAGGACGUUUUCUAAAUAA